CAAUAAACAGCCGGGUUAGGGAGCAGGUGGGGCCAGGAGCAAGCAGGACAAUGAACAGACGGGAUAAGGGACAGACAGGAUGCCUGCACUCUGUCGGCCCGCAGCUCCCCACAGGAGGGAGCCCGGGAUAGGUCUCUUUCCAAUACCUGCGCAUCCAGUUGUCCUAAUUCCCUCUGCACCCUGCUUCAGGUUCUGGACCAACAUCUCCAGGCUUUUCGGCUGGGAGCAUGUGCCGUACCCGUAACCCUUAUGUAAAAACACUGUUCAGUUACUGGGCCUGGGAAGGUCAUAACCAAACGUUUUACCCAUUUCCCAUCAAAGCGACACCAGCUCUGCUGACCUGGCACAUUUGUGACACCAUCAGCGGCUUCUGCUUCGCCCCCUGGCAAGAAGCCAUCAAGUUGCAUUUCGAGGAUUUAUCCCUGGAAUUUGCAAGCAGCUUGAAAAACCCAACCAAACAAUCCGCUGAGGGUGUGUCGAGGUUUCCUUCACAGCUCUGUCUGCAAACAGAGUAGUUGGAUGCUCCAAGCCCUGUCCAACCUGGCCUUGAGCCCUUCCAGGGAUGGGGCAGCCACGGCUUCCCCGGCCAGCCUGUGCCAGGGCCUCCCCACAGCAGCUGGAGCUGGUUUCUGGGGGAAGAGCAAAAGUUUUGGGCAGCAUUAACUCAGGGAAAGGCAAAGUAAGAAGGAACAGGCUGGCUGUUCCUGAAGAGGCAUCAGGCUCUGGAAUGGCGGCGCAUGGACAUGGUGUUUGCCAGGAUUCCGUGUACCCCAUGGACAAUGCCCCACAGACACGGUGAUUCCCACAAUCCAGCGUUCCCGGAGGACGGUGGCCCAUGGGUAACUUUCCCAGAAUUCAGUGUCACCUGUCCUGGGAAAGGACAGGUGUUCCCCAGGAUGUGGCGGCCCCUGGGAAGGGUGGCUCGUGGACGCGGUGUUUCCUAGGAUUUGGUCUCCUCUGUGGCUGGUGGCCCUCGGGCACAGCGUUCCCUGGGACUUAGUGUCCCCUUGUGAGGGUAGCCCUUGGGGAUUAGGCUGUUCCCGGGAUUAGGCUGUCGCCUAGGCUCAGCGCUCCAAGGGCACGGCGCUUCCCAGGAUUCGGUGUCCCCGGGCGUGGCCGCCACCCAAGGGCGUGGCCGGGGCGUGGCCGCUGCCGGUGCCCCGGAGCCCCGCCCCGGGCGCGGUGCCGCCGCCGCCGCCGCCGCUGCGCUGCCGGUGCCCGGGGAUGUACGCCGGCAGGAAGAGGAAGAAGCCGGUGCCCAAGAGCCCCAAACCACCUCCCCCUGAGGGUGUGAAGUCCAACCCGUCCAAGCGGCACCGGGAGCGGCUGAACCAGGAGCUGAACAAGCUGACGGGGCUGCUGCCCUUCCCCGAGGAUGUGCGCUCCAGGCUGGAUAAACUCUCCAUCCUCCGGCUGGCCGUGGGCUACCUGAAGGUGAAGAGCUACCUGAGGGCUACAGCUCCAAACAUUGGCAACUGCGUGGAUCAGCCCAGACCCCCAGGAGGGGACAGAUGGACGGAGCCGCUGUUUCCUGAGGGAGAGCUGCUGCUCCAGGCACUCAAUGGAUUUGUCAUUGCCGUGACUGGAGAUGGCUACAUCUUCUACAUCUCCCCUACCGUGCAGGACUACUUGGGCUUCCACCAGUCAGAUCUCAUCUACCAGAGCGUGUACGAGCUGAUCCAUGCGGACGACAGGGCCACCUUCCGCUGCCAGCUGCACGGGACCCCAGUGCAUGCUGCUGACACUUUUCCCCCUGAGCAGUCGCUGCUUGCCAGCCGCAGCACUGCAUCCAGCUCCCAGCGCCUCCAUGCUGAGAAGCAAUCCUUUGUGGAGAGGAGCUUCACCUGCCGCUUCCGCUGCCUGCUGGAUAACUCCUCGGGAUUCCGGGCCUUGAAUUUCCAUGGGCGCCUGAAGUUCCUUCUCGGGCAGCAAAAGUCAGCAGCAGACAAGUCCACAGUUGCUCUCUUUGCCAUUGCCACGCUCCUCCACCCUCUCUCCAUCCUGGAACUCCGGACUAAAACGCUGAUCUUCCAGACAAAGCACAAGCUGGACUUCACUCCCAUGGCCUGUGAUUCCCGGGGGAAGGUUGUCCUGGGAUACACAGAGGUGGAGCUGUGCAGGAGGGGGUCUGGAUACCAGUUUGUUCAUGCGGCCGACAUGAUGCACUGCGCAGAGCACCACGUGAGAAUGAUGAAGACGGGGGAAAGUGGGCUGACGGUGUUCCGGCUGCUGACCAAGAGGGGCAGCUGGGUGUGGGUGCAGGCCAACGCACGGCUGGUGUACAAAGGGGACAGGCCCGACUGCAUCAUCGCCCGCCAGCGAGCCCUGUCGAAUGAAGAAGGGGAGGAACAUCUCCAGAAGAGAAACCUGCAGCUGCCUUUCAGCUUUGCCACAGGGGAAGCAGUCUUGUAUGGGAAUGAGCUUCCUGGGUUCUUGGACUCGUUCCAAGCCAAGGAGGAGUUGCAGGUGCAAGCAAACUCCAACUCAGAGCAGCGCUUGGUAGACCCCAACUCUCUCCUUGGGGCCAUGAUGAAGCAGGAUGCAUCCAUAUACAAUUCCCGCGCGGAUAACGUGCCUCAGUUCUCCCUGCCAAGUUUCAUCCCUGAGCCUGAUGGGCUGACCCGGAAUGAGGACGUCAGCAGCGCCAAGGAGGAGAGCGACUCCCUCCUGGUCGUCAUCGAAACCCUCUUUGAGAAGAGUGAGGUGGAUGGAAACGUCUGCCAGAGCCUAAACGUGGGCAGCACAGAGCUGCAGCAGUGGGAGGAGGCUCUGCUCAGCCUGGGGGCAGAGGAGGAGCCACCAGCUCAGGGGCUUGGCCAGAGGCCGGGCCCCAAGGUGACAUCCUGUGUGGAGCAGAUGCUCCUCAGGGAGGGUGCUGGAAAGAGCCUGCACUUCCCACAGUGCCAUGAGGAAAACAGUGCUGUGGCUCACUUCCAGCGCUGCUGGGCAGCUGGUUCAGCAUUCCCAGCACAGCCCCAGGCAGCGGGCACAUGGGGAGGCCAGGGGCCUGUGGGCUCCGUAGCCUCCGUUCCCUCUGAGGGCAGCUUUGCCCAGCCAGAGCAGCAGGUCCCAUUUAACCCAUCCGGGCUGGUGGCAGGGACUGUGCUGGGUGUCCCCAUCUCCAGCAGCAAAUCCUCUGCAGCACUUCAGCUGGCAAACCAAGCGUUUCGGGCAGAAGCCACCCUCUCUGCUCCUGUAGAUGACACUCUUCCUAGUGCUCAGAGCCAGCCUGGGUGCCAGCUGGUGGGCUCAAGCUGCUCACCCCCGUUGCACUCAAACACAUUGGUGACUCUGUGGCACAGUGUCCCCCUCCAGGCAAACCCAGCCAGUUGCCCAUCGGAGGCUUCGCUGGCCAUAGCUCCAGAACAGCUGGAAGCUGCAGGAGCAUACGUGGAGUCCCAGACUCUGACAGGUGGCAGUCCUGAGAAUCCCCCGGGGGCUGGGCUGUGGUUGCCACCCCUCUCCCAAUCUUUUCCUUGCCCUGCCCAGGGCUUGCAUGAGUCCCUCUUCUCUGGGGAUGAGAAACUCUGUGAUGUGGAGGUUGCUCUCCCUGCACCCUUAGGAGCCAGGCAGCUGCCAGGGCAUGGUGGCUUCCCCAAACAGCCCCUGGUAGCCCAUGUAGACCCCAGCUUUUCCUGGGAGGGGGAGCAGACAGUGCUCCAAGAGGACAAGUGGUUCUCACAGCUGUGGCUCCCGCAGGCUGGGGCAGCUCCUCAGAGCAGCCAUGGGGCAGGGCCAGGGCACCACAGCGGGCUCCUGCUGGGCUCCAGCACGGAUCCCAGUGCCCACCAGAUGGACUGCAUUGUGCUGUCCGAGUGCCAGUAUGGAAACAGCCAUUUUAGGCAUGAGAGCAACUUCCUGAGGGAUGCUGCUAAAACACCCCUUCCCAAACAGCCGAGUGCUUCGCCUUGCCCCGCCGAGAACCACCCUGGAGCACCCUGCUCCUCACCGGGCUCGGUUUCAAGGUGCUCAGCAGCUCUCCCUGUGAAGGUGAGUGCAGGAGCCCCCCCGUGCUCCGGGCAGGGCCCUGGCUGCCCAUCAGUUCCCUUCUCAGCUGGGCAGCCCCUCUGUGCCUGUGAGAUCCAGCUCAAGGUGAGGUGUGAGGGCUGCAGGACCUAAGGGGUGGCCGGCUCCUGUGGAGGGAGCAAGGGGUCUGCCAGGGGUGCAGCCACACCAUCCUUCGUAGGCAGCCUGGUUUGGACCUCACUGUGAACCAGGAGCGCUGUCUUAGAAAGCCACCGGCAGCUGUGAGCUCUUCUCGUCCCUGCCAGUGGUGCCCUGUGCUCCCUGGUCUCUCAGGAUUUUGUCUUCCAGUGCUGUCAGGCAGUCUAAGAUUAAGUGGUUUGGACUUUUUGUUCCAUGAGAAGUCUUUCAGGGAGAUGCAGCUGUGCCACUGGGGAGGCCUUGCGGGCUCCUGGGUUCCGAGGAAAGACAUUGCUUGCUGGCACACCCAUGUGCUUGGGGCAGCCUCUUGCUGAUGGAGCUGCUGCCUCACAGCAGGUAGCACUGAACUGCUGUUUCUCAACAAAACAGCGUGGUCUCCUCAUCUCUUGUGUUGGACCACCCUUGUCAUGUUGCUGUUUAGUCCCCUGCAUCAUCUCUGCCAGCCUGAGGCUCUUUUCCUCCUGUGCUCUCCAUCUCCUCCAGAGACCAUCCAAAUCCUUUGGAAAAGAUGUUACCAAGCACUUCAAGAAGCUCAGAGCAUUGAAGGGUCUCAGUGGGAGGUGAAGUUGGUGGGAUUGGAGGCCUCUUGGGGAUUUGGGCUCUCCAGCAGCCCCCCAGGGGAAUUUGGGAGAGGUGGGUACCAGGCCAUUGUAACCUUUCUGGGAUGCAGGCUGGGGAAGGUCCAGCCAAGCUGCCCUUGGGUUUGUCACUGUCCUUGUUGUUCUCUUCUCUGCUCCAGAAUGCUGUGGGACAGAGAAGAGUGAAGGUUCCCCCUGUGGUUUUGCCAAAGCAGUGAGAAGAAAAGGCAGGGAGGGAUGCAGUGACCACUGCCUGCCUCUCCACUUCAGACCCAGUUGGUGCCCCUCAAACCAUUUUUCUGCAGCCCAGAACAACCACUUUGUUGAAUUCUCUUCCUUUUCUAUAUAUGUAACCUAAGAUGUGAAUGAAUUGUUUUUUCCCCACCAUGAGAGCAAAGUCUUGCAGAUCCAUCAGGGAAACCCACAAAAAAAGCAAUGACUGGGGAGGGUGGGGAUGAUUUGAGACCACAGUGACUUGCAACAUUGGGUCAGAGAGAUGAGAGUGCUUGGGGACAUUCACAUCUUCCCCUCAUGCACCCAUCACCCUGAGCAUCACAUCUGCCUCCCGCACCAGUGUUAAGCAUUUACGGAUCAAAUUAAACCAGGUAAUUAGUGCAGGGCCAGCAGCAAGCCAACAUGUCCUGGUGGAGAGUGGCCUCAUCUCCCUGGGUCUUUUCCUUCAUGCCCAGCUUUGUCUCCACUCAUGGGGCCUAGGAAAGGUCAAGCUCCUAUCUGCAGGCUGGGAGCAGAGCAAUGCUGAAAUGUGCUGGACCACUCUAAGGUGGCUUCGAGGAGCACCUUGGCUGGGCAAGGAGUUGACUGGCCAUGAUCCAGAUCCAAAAAGCAGCAGGAUGGACUCUUCUCUCUGGCCUCUGUUGUUCUGGCAUCUGUGAGAUGGUGCUUGGGACAUACCAAGGGCUCCCAGUGCUGCAAGACACGGGCCUUGGGGUGGGGGCACUGCUGCUUGGGGCCAUGACAGACUCCCCCCGUGCUCUGUCACUGGUGUCUUAUCUCUGUUCCUCGUGGCUGUACAGAUAAAGUCUGUUCUGCUGGCAGUGUCUCAUUUUCUGCUCUGUGAUUUCUUUGUGCUGCUGGUGGCAGCUGGAAGGUGCUGAAGAGAAAAGAGCUGUCCAGAGCCUCACCCUCGUGUUUGGCGAUGUAUUAAAAGGCAAUUUGCUUUGUGCUGAUGUUUGUUUUGAGCCAAAACCAUGUCUCUCCAUUUCCUCCUUGACUGAACAAGUGCUGGGAAAAGCCUAGCCCUGGUGCUGGGUGUGUGACACUCUUGUUGUCACUGUCCCCAGCUACUGUGGGCAUGCACGGCAGCAGAGGUGUGACAGUGUCCCCCCUUUGCCCCCCCAAACUGCCCUGUGGGGUUGCGGGACUCACAGGCAGCGUUACACUCGGCAUUGAUGCACGUGGUUGUUAAUAUCCGACUAUUAAAAAUGAUUACAGAAAUGCCUCUACCCAAAAUAAGGUGUAAACGACACCACAUGCCAUUGCAAAGAGCAUGGAUUUUUAUUCAACAGCAAACGUGGUGGGGGGAGAGAGAGAGAAAAGACAGCAGGGUGGAGAGAAAGUGACUGCAGACUACAUCCAUCGAGUGGUGAAAUGAGAGUCCAACAAACACCACAUCCAUGGGGUUUAUAUUCUGCUGAGGCUAGGUGGGAACAUCCCCUGUACCUCUCCCGGGGGGGGGGGGGGAGCUUCACACUGGAUAAUACUGUGGAUCGCGGGACACUUGGGGACUCUUUACACCUUCUGAGAUGUUGCAGCUGUCUCCAAGUGAGCGUAGUUGAAUUAAUUAUGGCCCAUCAGUCGAGAUGCGAAUCUUCAGCUUGUGUGUGAGCAUCCCCGGACUUGGAAAAGGAGUUUUCACAGCCGAGCCAUAACGUGAGGGAGAACAUGGGCAUAAUAAAGACUUACUCCACAUCGCAGGAUUUGCCUCUUACCAGCCUCUUCCCUUACCUGCGAGCCUCGGUGUGCGCGCCCUUCUGCACCUGGCAGGCCGCUCCGCGCAUCACUGGCAAAGCACCGGGCGCAUUGUUCGAGCAUCAGCACCCACGGUCCA